GCAGCUGCAGGCACCGUUGCCAGUGCCCGUAGCAGGGCCGGUGUUCCCGAUGGCGCUCGCUCCGCGCUGCUCCCGCACGCUUGAGGACUCGGCUGAGGAGCCGCCGGACGGAGGUUGCUGCCGAGCGGCGGCCGCAGCCGGGGAAGCACCGCGCUCGCUCGGCCUGCAGCCCCUGGGCCGUGCGAGGGUCGCGCACAGCGGCAGACCGCGCCGUUCUGCUGCUGACCUCUUCAUGCGCCUUCCCAGCGGGGUUGAAAUAAAGGUUAGCCCUGGCUUUUUGGGUAAGCGUGUUUCGUCGUGUAAAAGCCUCCCUGAUAUCCCGCGCGACUGCGUAGCUGCGGGGACAAAAACACAUCGCUUCAGCAUCCGUGCUUCUAAUCCCCAGGAAAUCCACCUUGCUUUUCUGAAAUGGCUCGAGCAGAAUGUAGAUGCUGAAGGAUUGGUAGAAUCCAGGAAAGUGUCUCUCAAAUUUGUUUCAUCUUGUGAAUCAAAAAUGGAGGUAACUCCAUCUCUCAUGUCAGUCAUCACUCAGAUGGGAAGCUUCUCAUCAGAACAUUUCAGCCUGAAGACGUAUCAACAGAACCUGCAGACAAAAAAACUUGGAAAGAUCCUUCUAUUCACUGAAGUUACCACCACAACAAUGAAUCUUCUAGAUGGGUUAAUGUACAAGUUGCCUGAGGAGAUGGGUUUAAUAGCAAUUGCUGUUAGACAAACACAAGGGAAAGGUCGUGGUGGAAACGUUUGGCUCAGUCCCGUGGGCUGUGCACUGUCCACUUUACACAUGACCAUUCCUCUCUAUUCCAACCUGGGCCAGAGAAUCCCUUUCAUUCAGCAUCUAGUGUCCUUGGCAGUGGUGGAAGCAGUUAGAUCAAUACCAGGAUACGAGGGUAUUGAACUGCGAGUGAAAUGGCCCAAUGAUAUUUACUACAGCGAUCUCAUGAAGCUCGGUGGAGUGCUGGUGAACUCUACGCUUAUUGAAACAACGUUUCAUAUACUUAUUGGCUUUGGAUUUAAUGUGAAUAACAGCAACCCCACCAUAUGCAUCAAUGAUCUCAUCAGGAAAUACAAUAAGGAAGAGGGGACACAACUGAAGCCUUUAACUGCAGACUGUCUCAUUGCAAGAACUGUAACUGUGCUAGAGAGGCUGAUAGAUAUUUUUCAGGAGAAAGGGCCCAAUGGAGUUCUUCACCAUUACUACAAGUACUGGGUACACAGCGGGAAGCAAGUCCGCCUGCGCGGCGAGGAGGGCCCGCUGGCCUGGAUCGUGGGCAUCGACGACUGCGGCUUCCUGCAGGUGCACGAGGAAGGCAAAGGCAUCGAGUCCGUGCACCCCGACGGCAACUCCUUCGACAUGCUGAGAAACCUCAUAGUCCCAAAGCACUAG